UGAAUGCCCUAAACUUAAGCACCCAAGACGGUCUCAGAAGCUCUGAGACCCGGACGGCUCCCGCGAACUUCCGGUCUAUUUCCGGCGUCGCCAUCUUGCUUCCGGUUUCAAGGGGGGUUGGAUUGUGGCCUCAGUCCUGCGCCAGCCCGUCUGGACAUCUACGUGUAGUCAGAUGCCUGCCUUCUGAUCUGCUGUGGUGGCUCUCACCUGUAAGACACUGUUCCCACAUCAGACGCAUUUUUUUGUCGUGUUUUGGCUUUUUGACUCAGCAACUAUAUAGAGAUUUUGGAAUCCACAGACGAGGCACAGCAAGGACCUGUAACUUCUGUUGCCCGUCUUUUCCAGCUGCGAUUGCAAAGGUACUCCAUGUGCCUGAGGGAGCGAGGAGAAUGAGCGCAGCUGUGGGGUUGGUGUCCUUUGAGGAUGUGUCUGUGGACUUCACCUGGGAUGAGUGGCAGGACCUGGAUGACACUCAGAGGAAGCUCUACAGGGAUGUGAUGCUGGAGACGUACAGCAGCCUGCUGUCCCUGAAUCAGUGUGAUGCCAAACCUGACUUGAUCCUGAAAUUGGAGCAAGGAACUGGGCCAUGGACGGAAGACAAUGCCCCAGACCAGAGCCUCCCAGCUCUGCAACCUGUGAAGAGCCUGAAGGAGACCAGAAGGGACAAUCGAAAGAGACAUUUGAGCCACCUGGUAAUCACUGGCAGCGCGUCAGCUGAGGAAAGGGGCAGAUUUGGGGAAAUGCUUAACAUGAGUUCAAGCCAUGUUUUGCACCUGGCUGUUAAGAAUAAGAACUCUUCUAGAAUGAGAUCUGAGGUGCUUGAUACAUGGGGAAAUGUGUAUCUCCCUGGUGGGCCCAUUGAGAUGCAGGCUACAGAGGAACUUGAUCAUCUUAAUUCAACUAAGAUGCCAUGCAGGCCUCCUGCGCCCCUUAGUCUGGAUCUCGGUGUUGGAAGUGGGCAACAGCAUGUCCAGUGUGUUCAACGUGAUGAAGCCUUCGAUGUGAGCACUGUAUGGAUGCAUACAGUGUUUCCUUUAGGAGACAGCGAGACGAACACCUUUGAUAAGUUGGCUCUUACUGCCCAAGAGAGGACUCACAUAAGGGAAGAAACUUUUGAUUAUAACAUGUGUAAGAAGUCAUUCUCUGACAAGUGUAACCACACUCAACAUUUAAAACCACACCUAGAAAACCAGUGUGGUAAGUGUACUGAUGGUGAGCCAGCAUCCUGUACAAAAGCAGGCCUUCAGCACACUCUGCAUGCAUGGAGGAAACCUGGUGGGUGUAACAACAAUGAGAAAUGUGUGGAUCAGAUGCCGAAACUGAGGGCUAAUCAGAGUGUCUUAUCAAGUAAAGAAAGUACUUGUGUGAAAAUAUUUUACCCAGACUCAACUUUCAGUGUGCAGCAGAGACCACACACAGGUAAAAAGCCCCAGGAGUCCAAUACAUCUGUAAAAAUCAACAAGCAGCCUCGUAGACGUCACAGAUGUGGGAGAACCUAUCAGUGUAAAGUAUGUGGGAAAGCCUUUAAACACACACAAAAUCUCUAUUUGCACCACAGAACUCACACUGGGGAGAAGCCCUAUGAGUGUAAAGAAUGUAAGAAACUAUUCAGUGUGAAGUCAAAUCUCAGUGUACAUCAGAAAACCCACACAGGUGAAAAACCCUAUGAGUGUAACAUAUGUGGGAAUGCUUUUAAAAGGAGGUGUGACCUAACUAUACACCAGAGAGUCCACACAGGCGAGAAGCCCUAUGAAUGUAAAGAGUGCAGGAAAACUUUCAGUAUAAAGUCAGGGCUCAUUGUACAUCAGAGAAUUCACACAGGCGAGAAACCAUAUGAGUGCAAUGUGUGUGGAAAACGUUUUAACCAGAAGUCAAAUCUCUCCACACAUGAGAAAAUCCACACAGGUGAGAAACCCUUUGAAUGCAAAGAAUGUAGCAAAUCCUUUAGUGUCAAAUCGUAUCUCACUAUACAUCAAAAAACUCACUUGGGUGAGAAACCUCGCUCAUGAAAUCUGGGGAAGCCUCCUGUGAGAAGACAGAUCCCCACAGACAUCCUAGUGCAGGCACAGGUCAGAAACCCCGUGAACACAGAAUGCAGGAAAAAGUGCGAGCCGUUUAUCCUCUCCCCAUGGACUGCAGAGGGGUGAAAAGUGUUGAUACCCCGGCACGUAAAGGUUGCAGAGACGCUGGGAGUCUUAAGUCAGAUCUCAUGGUUAGUUAGUGAACUCCAAACCCGAGAAACCUGCCAGUGUAGGUUACGUUCAGAAGACUUCUGCCAGAUGUCAGACUUAAGCUAUUGGAUAAACCCUGCAGGUGAGAGACCCUCUGACUGUGAGGCCUGGAACAGUCUUCAGUAAGAUCGGAGAAUCCGUACUGAUAGAAACCCUGAGUGUAGCUGUGUGGAGAGCCCCUUUAGUCAGAAGUCUCAUCUCUGAGAAACGUUUGGGUUCCCACGGGCGAGAAGCCCUGCGAAUGUAAAGAAUACAGCAAAGCAUGUCAGACAGUUGUCUUCUUUCCAUGUGUGUCACAGAGGUUCUUGUCAGUGUAAUCUACAGAACAGUCACCUGCCAAACCUAGAUACACAUCAGAGAAGUCUCACCUAGAGAGGCCUUAUAACUGUAAGGACUUGGAAGCAUUUCAAACCAACAUGGAGUGGGGUCUUCAAGUAGAAAAGCUCUGCAGGUGGGAAGGGGAGGAAGUCCCAACAGCCGAUAACUCACUGCCCGUCACACACACGGUGGAGAAGUGUGUGGUGAAUGCAGUGUAUGUGGAGAAACCUUUUCCUAUUUGUCAGUUCUCAGCAAUCCUUAGGUGAGGAGCCCUCAGCUGUAAGGCGUCCUUUACUGCGUACCAAAGAAGGCACGUGGGAUAAGCCAUAGCAAUUUAAUGUGUGUGCAAAAACUUGGUUCUGUAUAACAAAGACAUCUGCCUCCGCUAGAGAACCACACAAACACAAAACCC